AGGUUAUGUGAUAAUGAUCCUGGUGUUAUGGGUGCCACUCUUUGUCCGUUGUUUGAUCUUAUAAGUGAAGAUGUUACUUCCUAUAAGGAUUUGGUUAGCAGUUUCGUCAGUAUUCUCAAACAGGUCACUGAGAGAAGAUUGCCAAAGAGUUACGAUUACCAUCAGAUGCCUGCACCUUUCAUCCAGAUCAAAUUGCUGAAGAUAAUGGCGUUGCUGGGUAGUGGUGAUAAGAAUGCGAGUGAAAUCAUGUCUAUGGUGCUUGGAGAUUUGUUCAGAAAGUGUGACUCAUCUACCAAUAUAGGAAAUGCGAUCCUUUACGAGUGUAUUCGAUGUAUUUCUUGUAUACUUCCAAAUCCCAAGCUGUUGGAAGCUGCUGCUGAUGCUAUCUCCAAGUUUUUGAAGAGUGAUAGUCACAAUUUGAAGUACAUGGGCAUUGAUGGUCUUGGUCGAUUGAUAAAAAUAAGCCCAGAUAUUGCUGAGCAGCACCAACUUGCUGUGAUAGAUUGUUUGGAGGAUCCAGAUGAUACACUAAAGAGGAAAACAUUUGAAUUGUUGUACAAAAUGACCAAGUCCUCUAAUGUAGAAGUGAUUGUUGACCGAAUGAUUGAUUACAUGAUUAGUAUCAAUGACAAUCAUUACAAAACUGAGAUAGCAUCUCGUUGUGUUGAGUUGGCUGAACAAUUUGCUCCAAGCAAUCAAUGGUUCAUCCAGACCAUGAAUAAAGUCUUCGAGCAUGCAGGAGAUCUGGUAAAUAUUAAGGUGGCACAUAAUCUGAUGCGUUUGAUUGCUGAAGGAUUUGGAGAGGACGAUGAUGAUGCAGACAGCAAGCUCAGAUUAUCAGCUGUGGAAUCGUAUUUGCAGCUUAUUAGUGAGCCAAAGCUUCCAUCCCUGUUUCUUCAGGUCAUUUCUUGGGUCUUGGGAGAAUACGGCACAGCUGAUGGGAAAUAUUCUGCCUCCUAUAUUAGUGGAAAGCUGUGCGAUGUGGCAGACGCAUACUCAAGUGAUGAAACUGUAAAGGGUUAUGCUGUUUCUGCACUGAUGAAGAUCUAUGCAUUUGAAAUCGCAUCUGGAAGAAAAGUGGAUGUUUUGCCAGAGUGCCAAUCUUUGAUCGAAGAGCUACUGGCUUCACAUUCAACAGAUCUUCAGCAACGUGCAUAUGAGCUUCAGGCUCUCCUUGCUCUAGAUUCCCGUGCUGUUGAGACUAUAAUCCCUUUAGAUGCUAGUUGUGAAGACAUCGAGGUUGAUAAAGAACUUUCAUUUCUCAAUGGCUACAUCCAACAAGCUAUCGAGAGUGGAGCGCAGCCUUAUAUUUCUGAGAGAGAGCGCUCGGGGAUGUUUGAAACAACCGAUUACCAUCCCCAGGAUCAUCACGAAGUUCCAUCUCAUACCCUUCGAUUCGAAGCCUAUGAACUUCCAAAGCCAUCAGUGCCACCACAAGCUUCGACCGAGCUUGUUCCAGUACCUGAGCCUUCUUAUUACAGUGAGUCACACCAGCCAAUUUCAACAUCUUUGGUGUCUGAACGAGAAUCGUCAGAGAUCAAGCUGCGACUCGAUGGAGUUAAGCAAAAAUGGGGUAGACCGAGCUAUCAACCAACCACAUCAGCUUCUUCCACUACUCAGCAAGCAGCAAAUGGUACCACUUCACACUCGGAUGGAGGAGUUGGUUCAUCUAGCUCAAAGCCUCGAAGCAGUUACGAACCAAAGAAACCAGAAAUCGAUCCCGAGAAACAGAGACUUGCUGCAUCCUUGUUUGGUGGAUCAUCAUCAUCAAGAACUGAUAAAAAGUCUUCUGGUGGUCAGAAGCCCGCAAAAGGAACAGUUAACAAACCCGCAACUGUCCCCAAGGAAAAUCCAACCCCUGUUCAACCGCCACCAGACUUACUAGACUUAGGCGAGCCAAUGGCUACAACUGUUUCAACAAUGGAUCCUUUUAAAGAGUUGGAAGGGCUUAUGGAUUCUUCGAGCCAAGAUGGGGGUUCGAACGAUGUGAUGGGACUAUACUCAGAUGCAGCACCUGUGACCACAACCACAAGUGUCGACUCUCUCUUAUCCGAACUGUCUGAUAGCUCCAAAGGAAACUCACGCACGUAUCAAUCUCAAACCUCAAAAGGACCAAACACAAAGGAAGCUCUCGAGAAAGAUGCUCUUGUUAGACAAAUGGGUGUAAACCCAACAAGUCAGAACCCGACACUAUUCAAAGAUCUCCUCGGCUAGACGAACCAUUCUCCAUCCAGACCGUCCAUUCAUUAGCUCGCCACCAUCAUCAUCAUCCCAUAUUUGGUAAUAUGUUGUGGGUUUUGGGGAUUACUAUGUUUCCAAUUCAAGAACAGCUUUUUGUUGUACCUAAGUUUCUUAUCGAUAGGAACUUAUAGUUUACAAAACACAAAGAGAGGUAAGUCACGUAUCGAGAUUUUUCAUCUUUUUUUUUUUGGUUUCUCGUUUAAUUUUGGAGUCAUCAUCAGGUAAUGGUUUUGAAUUCGUCUUUUUGUGUCUAUAGAACAUUUGUAUCAUCUUUUAUUUCUUAGAGGUAUUUAAUUUUUCUAUCAAA